UUUUGGGGGGGGCCGUGCUCGGACUGGCUUGACACAGGCCAAGUUGUUGUGACAGACGUAGGUGUUGAGGUGAGGUGUGAUGCAGAUGUUGCAGAGGGCACGUCGCGUGAGAGUGACCGCACCGGAAAUUGGAAACAUGAAUUGCCGACCGAUGUCAUUUCGAUUCAUGUGUGGUGGCCGGCUGCAUCUAGGGAGUUUAGGAGACAGACGACGGGCCUGAAAACACAAUGGUGACACUAGAUGGUGGAACCGUGUUUCCUAAUGCCGUGUUUACCCAAAUCCCUACUGAUUUAGGGAGAGUGGUUCAGCAACACUAUAGGCAUGACAAAUGUAAAACGGGGACAUAUGCCAGAAUCCUAUAAUAACAAAAUCCACAGAGCAAAUACAUCAAGCAGCCAUGUUUCAAAUUAAAUGCAGAAAUCCCUGAAUUAUGCCUUUCUUCUUCUUCCCAGUGAAUAUAAUACAUGUAAUAGUAUCCUUUACCUUAUGAGACUAAAAGCUAUUCAGCUCCAAAGCAUUUCUUUGACAGGCACGCAUGAAUUCAUUUAUUUUGCUGUGCUUUUUCCCCUAAGCAUAUCUUUCUCCGUUCGUGGCUAGGGGGCACAUGAGAUCAGGCCUCGUUAUGUCAGCCUCACAUGCAGUGCAUCUGAGCGCGUUGAGCUCACAAUGGCUAUCGCUAUCUGGCUUUGUGUUUGUUGCACACUCCCCACUUAAAAGGUACCAAGCGACUAGCUGUACACACACACACACACACACACACAUCAACACUUUUUCGAGGACGCUCAAUUUAAAUUUGCCAGUUCACAUUAAAUUCAGUGGAGGCCAUUUCUAAUACACAGGAAAGCUCCUGGAAACUGGAGAACCCUGUUAGUACGAUGGAGAAAGAUGUCCAUCAGCAAAACACUAUCUCAACUGCUCUUUUCUUUAGGAAACUGAGUGUGUGGGAGCCUACGUUACUCGUGUGUGUGUGUACACAGUAUGAAUGCACAUCAUGUCUAAUGCUGUCAAAAGUAGAAAAUAUAACCAAAAUAAUGUGCUUUUUGAAUCGCAUCAUUACACAUGACAUUGUUCAAAUGUGCUUUGUUCAGGCGUUUACAUCGGGAGCAAGGGGCCUGUUCUGUCCUCUGCUGUAAUCUGAUGAGUGUGGAGCAAAAACAAGCCUGAUGGAAUUGGUUAUUAGAAAAACACCUAAGCUAAUUCGCCCACACACUAUUGUCGGCUAUGACUUGAUGUUACCGCAGAACAUCAUCACAUUGACAGGCCUUUAAAUUAAAUUCAAGCGUCUGUUAAGGUUAGUGUCACAGGGGAGGAAAGGACGGCAAGAAUGCAUAUUAAUUAUUUGGUGAUUGUAAGCCAAUGUCAUUGCAGUAAAGUGACCCGUGUUGUAGCCCAUGAGAUGCAUUAUUCCACGUGGCAGUUAGGUCGUCUCGGUUCCUUCAUUGUGUGGACAUUUACUAUAUUUUUAUGGAGAAUAUAAGCAUUCAAAACAGAACUGCACAAUGUGCUAAAUGUGUUUAGAGGUGAUUCAACCAAAAUGGACAAAGUGGACGUGAAAGGAAAUAUUUAAAGGUAAAUAGUUGGAGUGAUUUCCGGAUUUAAGUUAUUUUCUCUCUCUCACUGUUAUUUUAUAACAUUGAUUUUAACCUUCGCCUUGAAGGACUCCUGUUAUCCCCACAGUCCGACAGAGGUCAUAUCUGUUUAGUUUGUUUUUAUUCCCCUGACUCUAAUCCACUACUAAUGCAAUACUGGCUGGACGGCACAUGUUUAAAUGGAGGAGAAAGGGAAGGGUGCUGUUGUAAUGGAGUUACAAGGUCCUCAAUGUCCUAAUCUUCUCCUUGUCAUUGGCUCCAUUUUGAAUGGCUGGCCAUGUUGUCCAUCGUUUACCUCCUAAGUGUAUUGGGAUCCAUGGCGGCAGUCUGCCACGCAGCGUGGAGGUUAUAUGUAAGGACACCAGCCAUUGUGUUGCCAGAGGAAACCUGCUGUUUUCUUUGGGCAAGUGAACUAUACAUAAAAAUGAGAGUGGUAGUCACAGAAGUCACAUUUUGAUGAUUAUCACAUAUACUAAACAGACAAUGCGCAAUAUAAUUCGUUCCUGAAAUGUAUUGAGUGGAUUCAGAACUUGGAUUGCUUCUAUCGCAGUGGAUAUUGAGGGUUGUGCAUCGGGUUUGAGGAAGCUGCGACCGUGACAAUCGCAUGGGCCCUGGGUUGUGAUUCGUCAGGGAGAGACAAAGCUUAUUUUAAAACUGAUUGUUACUUAACAGAAAACAAGCGAUCUCAGGAACAGCAUGCCACUGCAUAUAGGAUUCCGCCCAAACCCGUUGCAUCGAGGUCUGGAAAACUCUGGCCUUUCAUAUGCAUAAGUGACCCUUGCAGAACCAUAGAGAACAAUGGCCUUCUUCCAGGCCCAGGGGUGGGAGAAGGUCAGCAAGCACAAGUUAGCUGAGAGGAAAUCGUCUAUUUUUGUGCUCAAAAUGUUAGAUAAGCAGGGUUGAAUUAUACAGCAUAUUACACAUUUCGAACAUGGCAUCCAAACUGGGAUAUUUUGGCAAAUGAGGAGAUCCCAAGGUGUAUGUAAACGUAAUUAGGUUUCGGAGCUCUGCACCCUUAAAAAUAACACUCAAUCCACACGAGAAUUCAAAUGUUAUAUUAAAAAGGAAAUGACUGAAAUCCGCACAUAAAUGAUGAAAGAACUUAUCAACAAAUGACCUGGAUUUUAAUGUAAAAAAUUGUUAUAGCUGGGAAAUAAUUCUUAACGUCUGCUUCUCUUGUGUUUCUUUCAGGGGUCUAACCAAACUGUGGGGAUGGAAGUGAGAAAAUAACAGCCAAACUAUGGAUUUGUGAGUGGGACUGUGCCAAAGAGGACAACUAACCCCGGCCCUGUUGACAUAGGCUGCCUGCUUCAAGGACAGGGACCCGGGCCACUGGAUUACUGUUUCGACGGGCUCAAGGAGGCAGAAGAGGAUUGUGCUUUAGCCGGAAGACCUGGAGUAUAACAAGCCAAACAGGCCUGGACUGAGGCCUGUGGCACAGGACGCCGGCAUGGUUCAGCCCAGCUUUGUGUCCACUCACCAUGACUGCUAGGGCCGAGGAGCUAAAGGAUCUUUUGCUGCAGCUAACCCCUGUUUACAGAGGAACAAAUAUCAAGCGGCCCAAAAACUAAUUUGGGGACAAGGCCUCACACACGAAAAAAAGGUUUUCGAAAGCAUCAGGAAUUUUAAUAUUCUCUGGUGAUUGCAUGUUUUUGUCCCCGAGUGUGGAUUCCUUUUCUCUGGGCUUAUCUGCCAUGGUAAAAGCUUUGAAAGCAUGAGCUCCUGACAACAGAGUGGAGGUCAUCGACUGAACAAGGAUCCAGCUCAGCAAACAUUGACCUGGUCGGGAUAUCCUGAUAAACCCCCAUCCUUAGAAACUUUUUGCUUUUGAAGAGGAUCAGAACAAAUUCUGGGGUGAAAAUCUUUAUUGGAUUUUGUCGGCCGGAAAGGAUUUACCAUCAACGUCUCGAACGUCAGUUACGGUUCUCGUGAGGGAUUGACCCGCCGAACCAGACAGCUUCAAGAUGGUGCCUCAGUGCAAGUCCUCCGUUCUCUUCCUCGUCCGCAUCGGGCUCCUCCUGGGGCUGGCCAACCCCCUGGUCACCUCGGCUUCCUGCCCCUUAUCCUGCCGUUGUGAUGGCACCUUCAUCUACUGCAACGACCGCGGCCUGACCUCCAUCCCGCUCGGCCUACCCCUGGACUCCACAGUACUCUUUCUGCAGAACAACCGCAUCAAAAGCUCCGGCAUUCCCACAGAGCUUCAGAGGCUGGUUAAUGUGGAGAAGAUCUACCUGUACUGCAACAACCUGGACGAGUUCCCAACUAACCUUCCGCUGGGCGUCAAAGAGCUCCACCUUCAGGAGAACAACAUUCGGAUGAUCACCCACACCUCCUUGUCCCAGAUCCCCUACAUCGAGGAGCUGCACCUGGACGACAACUCGGUGUCGGCGGUGAGCAUCGAGGAGGGCGCGUUCAGGGACAGCAACCACCUCCGGUUGCUGUUCCUCUCCCGGAAUCACCUGAGCACCAUCCCGUCAGGCCUGCCCAUGACCAUCGAGGAGCUGCGCUUCGACGACAACCGCAUCUCCUCCAUCUCGGAGCAGUCCCUGCAAGACCUCAUCAACCUGAAGCGGCUGGUUCUGGACGGUAACCUGCUGAACAACCGUGGGAUCGGGGAGAUGGCUUUCAUCAACCUGAUCAAUUUGACUGAGCUCUCGCUCAUGAGGAACUCUCUGACGUCUCCUCCGGCGAACCUGCCUGGAACUAGUUUGGAGAAGUUGCAGCUGCAGGAUAAUCACAUCAACCGGGUUCCGCCUGGGGCUUUUGCCUUCCUCAGGCAACUGUAUCGGCUGGACUUGUCUGGGAACAACCUGAGCAGCCUCCCGCAGGGCGUGUUUGAAGACUUGGACAAUCUCACACAGCUCCUGCUGCGCAACAACCCGUGGCAGUGCACGUGCAGGAUGAUGUGGGUGCGUGACUGGCUACGGUCCUUGCCCACCAAGGUGAAUGUACGCGGCUUCAUGUGCCAGGGCCCUGAUAAGGUCAAGGGCAUGGCCAUCAAAGACCUUUCCACGGACAUGUUUGAUUGCACCGACACGGAAUUCAGUCCGACCUACGAGACGAGCACGGUCUCCAACACUUUCCCCCCCUCUCAGCCGCAGUGGCCCAUAUACGUGACUAAACGGCCCGUGGUGAAGGGCCCAGGCAUAAGCAGGAACUACCACAGCACCACCACGUCCUCGGGCAAGAAGAUGAUCACCAUCAGUGUGAAAUCGACCAGUGUGGCCACGGUGCACAUCUCUUGGAGGGUGUCGCAGCCCAUGACCGCGCUGCGACUCAGCUGGCUGAAGCUGGGUCACAGCCCUGCCUUCGGAUCCAUCACGGAGACCAUAGUGCAGGGGGAGACAACAGAGUACCUUCUCACGGCGCUGGAGCCAGAUUCUUCCUAUAGGAUAUGCAUGGUUCCCAUGGAGACCAGCAACAUUUACCUGUCUGACGAGAAGCCCGUGUGCAUCGAGACAGAGACUGGCUCCCAGAAGUCCUACAACCCCACCACCACGCUGAACCGGGAGCAGGAGAAGGAGCCUUACAAAAAUACCAGUCUGCCUUUGGCUGCUAUCAUUGGAGGGGCUGUGGCUCUCUUGGCAAUAAUUAUGCUGGCGCUGGUGUGCUGGUACGUCCACCGGAACGGUUCCAUCUUUUCCAGGAACUGCACCUACAACCACGGUCGUAGGAGGAAGGACGACUAUGCGGAGGCGGGCACCAAGAAGGACACCUCCAUUCUGGAAAUAAGGGAGACUUCCUUUCAAAUGAUCCCUAUAAACCACCUGCCUGUGUCCAAGGAGGAGUUUGUGAUACACACAAUCUUCCCGCCCAACGGCCUGAGUUUGUACAAAAGCCCAAACAGCGAUAACAGUAUUAACAACAGGAGCUACAGAGACAGUGGAAUACCAGAUUCAGAUCACUCCCACUCAUGAUAUUACGCGUGGACAUUCGUACUCGAGUGCGUGACGUAAAAAACAGAGUGAAAAGACUUCUACAAACACACUGGAUCUAUAAGACUAAGAAAGCAAUGUUCUGUACAUUUGCCAUAUAAUUUAUAUUUAAGGACAUUUUAUGAAGAUGAAGAACGUUCCAAUUGCAGGCCACUGGUUCAUCAGUGAGUGUUGUAACUAACUGCAAUUCUAUAUUUUAGGAAUUUGUAGUAAUUUGUACUGUAUUUGCGUUGCUUAAGGUUACCGACCAACUAAAAAGAAACUCUGUUCUACUGAGAUAUGAUGACUUGUCAACUGUGAAAGUGGGUUUUCAUUGCUGUGUUGAACAAUCAGACUUAGAAAACCUUGUAGUAUAAGCACAGGUCAUAUUCUAACUUUGUGACUGUUGGUAAAACAAAAAGGCAAAAAAAAAAGAAAUGACAUAAAAUAAGGCACAUCUGAUCAAGUAAUAGGCUAAGCGGGCAUGCUGCUUACCUACAGGCUUUGCAGACGGUAGCUGUGCCCCAGAGACAAAAUAAAUGUUAAUUCUGGUAAUCUAGUAUUAAAGUGGGAUUGGGGAGAAAAGACCCACAGAGACGAGGUGCUUUCGUUCUGUUUUUUUUUCCCAGUGUGUGAAGUAUUCCUUUUCUGAUUGUAAGAAGCGGACGUGUUUCAGCGCGGUAACCCGCGUGGGGUUUACCGUGGUGUUCCAGAACGGCCUGUGAGCCACAGCACAGGGUGAAUAAAGCACACCACAACCCAAGAAACUCUCUCUCUGCUUCUCAAUUAUAAGUAGAGUCAAAAGACUGACACAGGACUCCGCCCCACUAUCUAUUUGUACAAGCCAAACAAAAGGCCAAACCACAAUGGUGACAUUCUUUAGUACCGUGUACCAUGCGUCACUUUAGACACCCGGGCAGAGAAAGUAAAAGCUUGUUGGCUUUCAUUAGAACACCACAGUGUCAGCGACUCCUUGUUAUAAGUAUUAUUUUUUCUUAUUAUUUACAAUUUCACACUUUUACGUUGCCACAGUUUAAAAAUUAAUUGUUCUUUACAAUGGAAAACCAAAGUGCAUUGUACGCCCUUUGGCCAGUCUUGUAUGUGCCUUGAUCCAAUGCUUAUUGUAUUUAGCUUUUUAAGAAACCAGUGACUUUUUUCAUACACACUUGAAUAUGAGAGAUAUUGGUCAUAUUGCAGAAUAAAAGUGGACAAAAAUUACUGCUUGUUUU